AUGGUGUCUGUUGUUUGUUAUAGUGUUUGUAAGCUAGGUCUUUCUCUACAGGACGCUCGCACCUCCACCUUUUUAUGCUCAAACCACAACAUACCACUCCAUUUCCUCUACAGCCAUGGUGACCACCUGUUCAGCUCGUUCCAACGCUUGUACUUCCAACACCUUCUCAGACGACACGGAAUCCAGCCUCAAACCCUCUCCUCCCAUUGUGUCUUCCUCUCGUCGACGGCGUGCCCCGUCGUCGUGCAUCCUCAAAUGCUAAUUUUGCGGAUACAAGUGCUCCACCGUCACCGCCCACCCAGUCUCAUCGUCGUCCCUCUCGGAACCUCCAUGCUGCUAUUGCCUCCUUCAUUCCGCCUAAUGAACAUUUUUCAUCCGCUUCCUACAAGGCUCAUUACCAUAACAUUGUUGUCCAUCAUCCCCUGUUGCUUGAAGAUGACUUUAGUCUUUCUAACCUUGGGGUUGCCUUCGACCACUUCAUCACAAACGUCGCUAGACUCCCUUGGUUCAAGAAGUGCUAUUGUUCCUGGUCCUGCCUUGGUGAUUCAAGUAUGGGGUGUAGAUAUUCCCCUCAUAGAUGACUCAAUUGUUGCUGCUUUUGGGUUGACUUCGCAUUGUUCCCCUGAAUCAAAUCCCUUUGUUCUUGCCAACGUGGAACGCCACACUCUAAUGCAUCUCUUAUAUAUUGAUCCUUCUCCUGAGCCUCCCUCUGAACUUCACUCCGCUACGAUUCUUUACUCUCUUCAAUUUGGGUUCUUCAUUCCGUUUGAACGCUUUCUCCAUGAAAGCCUUAUUGCUGCUGGUUCUAUAAAUGCCUCAUGUCCAUCUUCUAGUCUAGUUCUCCCUCGUAUCAUUACCUCUUUGGCUAAGUUUCAUGGCAUUCCGAGUCAACCUACUGAUGAUAUUGGUUGUUCCAAUAUGAUCAAGCUCAAUGUUCAACAUCAUGAGACUAUGACUCUGCUGCGAACUUUCCAAGACACUCUUGCCAACCAAAGUGAUAUGAUUGCUGUUAUGGAAACCCAUCUUGGCUCCAAUGAGGCUCAUCUUUGGGCCCCUCCUUCUGGUUAG